AUGCACAACCCGUUGGGGGGGCUUUCACUGUCCGUCAGAGGCUUAAUUUACUUCGUGAAUUCGUACUAUGAGGUGUUGGAGUUUGUCCAGUUCUUCUCGCUGUCCGCAGUUCAGCAAUUCGCUAACCAACCAUCAACGUAUGUGAUCACAAAUGAGUUCCUUUACUUGUUGCAUCAGAAGCCGGCCGCGGCACUGGACGGUACGGGUACCGCGGAGCCGCCGCUCCUUUCGCAGCCGCCGCACAUGACGGCGAUUCCAAUCGCUCUCAACGCGGGUGCCGCUAACUCCACAGUUGUGGGCGCGAGUAACAGCUCCGUUCAGACGGCGACGAGUUCCAACGCGCCCGGCAUGCCUGCUGCGCCGGGCAUUCCUGCAGCCCCCGGAAUGGGAAUAGCUUCUGGGCAUGCCGGCGCCCCCGGUAUGACGGGAGGAGCACCCGGCAUGACGGUGGGCAUGACGGGAGGAGGAGCACCAGGCAUGACGAACAAUGCUGGAGCCCCCGGCAUGACGGGCGGCGCAGCGCCCGGCAUGGGGUCCUUUAGAGGUCCCCCGGGCUCGGCGUCAGGAGCCCAGAACGUCUACCCGUCAAAUGCCCCCCGGCCCGUGGGGAUGAUCCCCAUUCACCAAGCUGCCCUCGGGUCCGGUCCCACUGCAGAACACCACCAACGACAAUCGCUGAGCAAACACUCCUCCAUGACUGGCCGGGACCACGAUGGACCUCGCGACCGCGAUGGACCUCGCGACCGCGAAGGACCUCGCGACCGAGACACAGAGAAAGGAUCAGAACAUCGUGGCCCCCGCCGCUUCCAAGAUGAACUUUCUUUGCACGCCAGCCCCCUCACUUCCGCCGGCAGCACUUUCCUGCGCGAAAUCACACCUUCGCAAAUUUGCGACCUCGUGAACGAAGCCGUAAAGAAAUUGAUAACUACCGCGCCAGACAGCGACGGAACCGAAGCCAACGAGGGUGAGACAAGUGUCCGCAGCCUCGCGGAGAGCAAGGCCGUAGACGUGGGCGACAUGGAAAGUUGUGGAAAAGAAGGUGUUGCUGGAAAGGAAGGUGCUGCUGGAAAGGAAGGUGUUGCUGGUAAGGAGGCGACUGGUAAGGAGGCGACUGGGAAGGACGACAGCGCCGGCAAGAGCAAGGAGGAGAAUUUCGGUAAGGAAAGACCGUUCGCUAAGGGUGCGGCUUCGCUAAGUAAGGAGGCUUGGGAGGUGUUGAAGACUGGCCGGUGUCUCCAUGUGGCGCGUCCACCAGGAGCAAAUACUGGCCGCACAUUCUGUUUCUUACACUUCACAAAAAUCGAGGUCGUGGAGGCACUAAAACAAGUGGGCUCUCUCAUGCUGGAAGGUCAUGUAUUUAAACUCGCCCCAGUCAAGAAAAGAAGCAAUGGGGGACUUUCCGGCAAUGGCCGCCGCUACCGGAAUUCUUUCUCCAGCAGACACCAACAUGGCCAUCAGUCACAAGGCCCGCAAACUGCGCCCCAGCAACAAAGAUGA